UGAAAAGUUCCUUCCCAGCAAGUGCUCUUUAUAGACAUGUAAAGUAGUCACAUUUAGUGGUCGAUCGAUAUGGAUUUUUCAAUGGCCGAUAGACUAAAAACUGUAUGUAUGUGAAUAUUAUAAUCUUGUUUUUGACACACAAUCAAUUUUUUCUAAUAUGUCAAAUGUUAAUAUGAGCGGACUAGUUGUUGCACGUUUAUGAUAUUAAUUUAAUUACUUUAAUAUAUAUUUUGGGGGGCAUCAGAAAAUGGUUUUGAGUUCCAGGGCUGAGAAAGGAUGUUGUAAGUAAAUAUGCUAACACUGUUCUACAUUACAGAGGAAUCUUAAACCAUGAUAAUGAGCCUUUAAAAUAUCAAUUUUACAAGCGCACGCAUGAAGCGAGCCACAGUGACACCGGCAAAAUCGGUAAUGAUUCUGAAUGUGUUGGAAAAACCAGCAAGGAGGUCGUCUGAACAUUUUGUUAAUUGAUAGAGAGAACUGUACAUUAGGUUUGCACCGACAGAUGAUGAUCUCAGGGAUUGACGAUGGUCAGAGUGAUCGCCAAUAGCUGAUGCCUUUGACGAUAUUUGGCUCGUUUUCCUAUUAAUCUAUUAAAUUAUUAUUAUUAUUAGACUUAUUACUAUUAUAAAAUUAAAAAUAAUUUGCCUGUAGACAUACAGGCAUGUGCUUAAAGAAACACUAUUAUAUUAUUAAGGACUGAUAACAGAAAGGCGUCCAUGCGCAUGUAUGACAUGCUGAUACGGAGGUAUGCUGUUUCGUGGAACAUGUGCAUGUAAAAGGUUCUCACUCUUUCAUUCUGUCUUCUGAUUUUUAUUUUAAAUUUUUUUGCAAGAACAGUAUCGUCUAUGAGUGCUGCAAAUGACCUCAGACAUUUAAUCUCAGGCGGUGCUUUGAGUUCAGUUCUCUUUAUUUCCACAGAGCAGUUCAUUGUGAAAUAAUACAAAAACACAUUCAUCUCGAACCAUGAUUUAUAUUUCAGUGAUUAUUAUCAUCAUCAUAAUUAUUAUUUUUACAUUUAUAAAUGUUUUUAUGUCUUCAUAUGUUAAGAUAUUUGCCUGACGGUAAAUUGAAAGCUGGUUACUUGUAUAUCUUGAUGUACCUCAUGAUGAGCCUCUCGAAGCACUUCAUGAUGGUGGGUGUGAGUGCAAUGGCACAGUAGUCGUUGAAGCAGGUCACUAAAAACUUCUUUGGCACGGGGAUGAUGGUGGUGGCCUUGAAGCACAUUGGAAUGACGGCGUUACUCAGGGACAUGUUGAAGACGUCAGUAAGAAAAUCCACCAGCUGGUCAGCACAUCCUCUUGAGCACACUGCAAGGAAUGUUGACUGGUCCAGCAGCUUACACAUACAUCAAUGAUGAAAAGAAAUUCAAAUUAUAUAUUUAUAUAAUAUAUAUGUUAUAUAUAUAUAUAUAUAAAUGAUACAAUUGUGGGCCUAAUUGUGCCACCAUGAGGAAUUAAAGAGCAUUAGGAAUUGGGCAUGUCAAGUUGGGGAUAAAAUAUUUAGUUGUAUAUUUAAUCACUUGUUGACUUAUUUUUUAUUGAGAUCAUCAUCUUUGUUUUAUUAUUAAAUAUCUGCUAUAAGUCUAUUUUGCUGUAAAAAUAAAGGUAUUGGAAAUGUUACUCCUGUCCCUUUAAGAGUUAGUUUCCUUCGGGAUGUUCAACUCCUCUCUCAGUCGCUUUUCAACUAUUUCGACGCAUCAACACUCCAGUCCAGCAGGAGGCGGAAAUUCUCCAGAAGUUGCAGAAAACACAAGAAGAAGAAGACCUGAGAUCCACAACACCGUUUGAGCGCUAAAAUCGAUGUUCAUCAUGAGAGAGCAGGUGGAUGUGAUUCAUGCUGGAGAACAGCAGAUGCUGCAGACACCAGUGAAGAUGUGUUCAGUGAAGCUGCUGGACUGCAGGAACCUGAUGAAGAUGAGAGGAGAAACCACAGCUGUGGUACAACAGAGUGAUGAUGAUGAUGAUGAUUUUAUUCCUUCAGAGCUGAUGGAAGGGAGAGAAGAAUGUGAAGAGCUGAAGGAAGUGGAGGAGGAACAACAACAUGGUUUCAUAACUGGAAAAAAAUAUUUAAGUGGCUCAAAGACAGAAGACAAUUUCUCACCUAAAAAUCCUCGAAGAUCUGCCGAGAAAUCUUUCACCUGCUCUCAGUGUGGAACAUGUUUCACAAGUAAAAGCAAUCUUAAUGCACACAUGAGAGUUCAUACUGGAGAGAGACCUUACAUGUGCCAUCAGUGUGGAAAAGGUUUUGCAUAUGCGACCAGUCUCAAGAGUCAUCACUUUUGUCACUCUGAAGAAAAGCCAUUUGAAUGUGAUAAGUGUGGCAAAACAUUCGCUCUGACACGGUACCUAAAAACACAUCUGAAAACUCACAGAAAUGAGAAGCCUUACAAGUGUUCAUUUUGUGGAAAGAGAUUUUCACGCCUGUCUUAUUUUAAAGAGCACCAGAAAAUACAUACCGGUGUGGCGGCUCAUAUGUGCUUUAAAUGUGGGAAGUUCUUUAUUACAGCCGGCAACUUGAAACAACACCAAAGAAUUCAUACUGGAGAGAAACCAUACAAGUGCUCACACUGUGGAAAGAGUUUCACUCGGUCAGAAUACCUGAAAUCACACAAGAGAAUUCAUACUGGAGAGAAACCUUACAAGUGCUCACACUGUGGAAAGAGUUUCACUUGCUCAGAAUACCUGAAAUCACACGAUAGAAUUCAUACUGGAGAGAAACCUUACAAGUGCUCACACUGUGGAAAGACUUUCACUCAGUUAGCACACCUGAAAACACAUGAGAGAAUUCAUACUGGAGAGAAACCUUACAAGUGCUCACACUGUGAAAAGAGUUUCACUCAGUCACAACACCUGAAAACACACGAGAGAAUUCAUACCGGAGAGAAACCUUACAAGUGCUCACACUGUGAAAAGAGUUUCACUCUGUCAGAACACCUGAAAACACAUGAGAGAAUUCAUACUGGAGAGAAACCUUACCACUCAGGGCCUGAAAUUAAUUUCUGAAAAUGGGGAGGGAAUUCCCCCCUAAAGCCCUCGAUAUACUUCCUUCGAAAUGAAAUAAUGAACGGGUGUGACAUAAUUUAGAACAAAAUCUGGCCAAAAAGGUGUUUUUGUGUUUGUUACGAUGGUUUGUAACGGCUCACUGGGGUGAACUUUUAGGAACAACCUUUUAUGUUGUUCAGUGAGUCAAAAUCAGUCGAUAUGAACAUGUUGAUGUGCAGAGUUAUUAGCAAGCUGGUGAAAAUGUACCUACAUCUGUACGACCAUUCACUUAAAGGUCCCCUGACAUGAAAUUUUCACUUUCUGAGGUUUUUUAACAUUAAUAUUAGUUCCCCUAGCCUGUAUUUGGUCCCCUCGUGUCUAGAAAUUUCAGUCGGUGUAAACCGAGUUUUGGCUAUCUUUCUCUGUCUGUGAGAAAAUGAGAUCUCAGACGGGCUGAUCUUGAAUCUCCCCCUUUAUGACGUCAUCCCCCUAUAUGACGUCUGCUUUGCCCGCCCAGAGAAUUUGACCCACCAAUGAGAAAACGAGCUAGGAAGUACGAACGCGCGCGCGAUUUUAGUUUAUCCUCGAGAGAUAUUAUGGCGUGUGACCGAUCGAAGCACAAAAGUUGCUCAAUAAUUGAAUGCACAAAUGAUCACAGAAGUCUUUUUUUACUUCCUUCAUCCAAUCCCCAGAAGGAUCAAUGGAUAAAUUUAAUUUACUCGGUCACAGUAGAGCGAAGUUGUGGAGGGCUUUCUCGGUUACCAUGGAUUUCUAAAAGCGUUCGCAGCUCUUUGAAUAAACGUAGGCUAUUUGUAAGAGAAAUCCCACCACUAUGAAGGAAAACGACCAUUGCGCGAAACAUUGCGCUGACAGUUCUCAUACGCACUGAAUAACAGCUCACGCGCUGCGGUGUUCGCACUUCACGUACGAAAUCACUACGGCAGCGACGCGAACAACUCCGAAAGGUAGGUAAUUUUUCUUUCUUUUUUUAGGAGAGGUAAAGGUUUUACUGUUGAUAUUUCUUUAAAUAUGUGGAUAUUAACAUGUCUUAUGGUGUGAAUGAGUGUGAAAAGAUGCGUUCGCAACAUCUGAACGACUGCGUGUCUAAGUGCCAUUGCAAUAUAUCCAAUGUAAACACCCACACUACACCUUGCCCCGCCUUUCUCCUCCUCAUUAGCAUUUAAAGCUACAGACACCGAAACGGCACGUCUGAAGGAAAGCUCAUUAUGGGUUGGCUUGUAGUGGCUAUAAUUCUGUAUCAAGGCUGAAUUUUGUAAAAGAGAUUUCAGAUACAGUACUAGGGAACACUAAGGCCUAUAUCAAAGCCUACAAAAAGAAGCAUGUCAGGGGACCUUUAAGAGAUAUUUUCCAAGAUUAAGUUUUCUCAAUUCCUGAUUUGUCAGAAUUCAACUUUUUCAUUAAGCGGCAUUAUUUGAUUUCCUUUUACAAGGACAGUUUUUUCUAUUCUAACCUUAUAAAAUGAUAUUGUCAUCCUUUUAUGUUAUAAUUAAAAAAAAAAUGACAUUUGAAAAAUGGUGUUUCAAUAAUAACAAAAUUGCAUGAUCAGUACAUUGCGUAUGUGCGUUGUUACUGAAACUUUUUUCCUCAUUCACAUAUUUCCAAAUAUUUUGGCUAAUAAAUUAACAUAAUUAAAACUAAUGCACCGACAUAGAGGAGGAGGUGACAGUUGUAGCAUAUUUAGGGGUUUCAAUGAAAGUUCGCUAACUGUUUACGUUAGCAGUGCUAUGUUGACAAUAUGUCGUCGGCAGGUUGCACAUGUGUGGUUAGUUGCCCCGGAAAAGUCUCUUUAGGACUUCCCAUGAUCUUUCAUCGCCAUAGUGUAGGGCCUCAUGUAUUCAGAUACAAGACAAAGGCAGGCCUAACACAGUUGUAAAGCCUGACUGAGGCCCACAAAAACAAAGUCAUAAAUCUUACUGAUAAAAACCGCGCCAAAAUCAAACAAAGGGAGUACACAACAGACUACAAAUCCCAAGACGCCUUGCUCACUUUACAACUGCGUGAAAUUCCAAAGGAUCGAACUCUCAACUCCUAUUGGAUGAGGCACUCAACAGAAAGCACCUCAACUAUGAUGUCAUCAGGAGUAGAAAUACCGCGAAAAUCGUUCUGUACCUCGCUUCCAGUGACUUCGCUCGCCGUGCAUAGACGCAGUCUUCACUGCUCUCAGGUGUUGCCUCGUUGCAAAAGGAAGUAACGUGCAACUUGAAACUGCGGCCAUGUAAUCUCCAUCUCGCUGGACGAGUUGAGAUUACAUUGUGUUCCACCUAACACUUUAACGCAGGGGUGCCCAAUACGUCGAUCGUGAUCUACCAGUCGAUCGCAAAGGCAAUGCUGGUAGAUCGCACAAAAUGUAAAUGUACUUUCGUUAAAUUUUAAUACAAAUAAAUAUAAUGUCUUUCCUUCUUUUAGUUUCUGUCUGACUUGCAGUUGACCAGAAAUA